CAACACACAGUUUCUGCAUUUGACAUAAACAAAUGUGUGAGUGAUAUUUUGCUUUUAGAGAGUCAAAUGAUUUUAAAGACUCCCUGACUACCUUUUAUUAUUUACCUUAUUGCUUAAUAUUGGCGUAAUAUAACCUCUGCUUCCUUAAAUAUGGAAUGGUGCUUUCACUUUCUCUACAGUGUGAGUUGCUGGGUCACAGUGGGAAAUGUAGCCACUGGCUGGGGAAGUUUCCAUUGCAGCAGAGGCGGAGUAACACUGAAGGGUUUGAUUUGCGAGUGAGGGCUUGUGGUCUUGAGCAGUACAAGUAGGGUGUUGCUAGUCGUAUUCGUACAGCAGUAAACUUACACUACCUGUACAAAGUCUAACCUCACUGCUUUGUUCCUGUUUUCCCUCGACAACAACAAAGUGGAGCAGAAAUAUGAAGAUGCUGGAGCUCGGGGACUCUAUCAGUCGCUUCAGGUUCUCUCAGUCCUGUGUGGGCUUGGCCGGUUGCCUGUGUGUCUGCUAUGCCGUCUGCACACCGUUCUGGCUGAAGGAGAGGGGACUCUGGACUGAGUGGAAUAACACUAAAAGUGACCCGACAAACCGUGAAGAAGGCAUUGUCUUCAACGUGCUGCAAGCAGAGAGAGUAUAUGGAGUUCUUUCCUUCCUCAUGGCUGUGAGCACUGGUGCUCUGUGUCUGGUGUUUGCCCUCUGCUGGAAAUCUGAGACGGUGCGCUCCUACUCCAACACGCGCUCUCUCCUCAUGGCAGGACAAGCCCUCUACCCCUCCACACUGCUGCUGCUCACCAUGGCCUCCACAGGAUUCUUUUUCCUCCUCAGCUGGUCUCUUUUCACCUAUCAGCACCGGGAAGAAAUCCGCCAAGACUUGUCCAGCCUCGGCUCCUCCUAUUGGCUAGGAGCUUUAGGCUGGGUCCUGCUGUUGGUUGUGGAGCUGAUAGUCUUUAUAGCCGAGCAAGCUGUUGUGCCUGACAUCCUGCCGGACUUAGAGAAGGCUGUGGAGUCGUGGCGGACUUCCUUUCAACUUAAGGUGGCGAAACGCUCUUUCUGUGAUGGUUAUUACCCUGGUAACAGCAACAGAAACAUGGAUCCCAUGAGCCUUGAUUGGAGUGGAGAAGUAAGGACAUAACCGAGGAAAAGACAUUGAAACUCAAGGAUUCAAUUCCUCGCUGCUUAAUAGCUCUGUACUGUACAACCAGACUGAAUACUGGUGAGCUGUGUAUGGUCUCCAGUUUCACUAAGACCUGACGGCUAUUCUCCAGUUUGUUAUCAGUAUGGACUGAAACUAAAUUAAAACACACUUAAGACCAAUGCUAUUGGCUGAGAAACUGGGCACCAAAUGCAAGGUGACAAAUGUGUUCUUAUAAAGUGAAUGUGACAUUUUGAAAGAACAGAUCCAGUUAUGGAAGCUUUUCAGUUGCAUUUGUGUAAACAAAACCCUCACCAAACAUUCAACUCAUACCUUGAACUAAACAUUUCAGUAGGCGCCAUAAUGUAGUUGAUGAAUGUUAAAAUAGCGCCAUCUUGUGAUGCCUAUGUGACACUUUUGAUAGACUUCAACAAAAGAAAAAUAGGUUGUUUUUAUGUUUAUGCACACCAUCAUUAUUGUUAAAUCCUUAUUGCAAAUACGCAUUGUGUUGUUAUUUAAAUUAUAAAAGGUAAAAGUCUGUGGUCAUACCAAUCAAUCAAUGAUCCCUUAUUUUAUUACCACUUAGAUGUCAUAUGUUAUAUAGUAUGUUCAACAAGGCUGAUCAUGCUGUGCACACCCUUCCACAGAUAAAUACAAGUUCAAAGCUU